GUCUCCUGGUCGGGACGUUGGAUGCCGUUAUGGAUUCCACAUCGAAAGUAGCCCCUUUCCGUAUCCUACACCAGACCCCGGAUUCCCAGAUUUACUGGACUAUUGCCUGCGGAACCAGCCGAGAAGAGAUAACGGAGCACUGGGAAUGGCUGGAGCGGAAUAUGAUGGACACUCUCUCCGUCUUUGAUUCCAACGAGGACAUCGUAAGCUUUGUGCACGGGAAAAUUCAAGGCUUAAUUGCUGAGGAGAACAAGGGGUCUUUAGUAAGAGAAGAGGAUCCAGAGAAGUUCCGGGAAGCCCAUCUGAAGUUUGAGAAGUGCUUUGGCUUGGCCGAACAGGAGAAACUCGUGACUUACUACUCGUGUAGCUACUGGAGAGGGCGGAUGCCCUGCCAAGGCUGGUUGUAUCUGAGCACUAAUUUCCUCAGCUUUUACUCAUUCCUGCUGGGAGCCGAGAUCAAACUCAUAAUAGCCUGGGAUGAGAUCUCCAAACUUGAAAAAACUUCCACGGUGAUCCUGACAGAAAGCAUCCACGUUUGUGCCCACGGGGAGGACCAUUACUUCUCCAUGUUUCUGCACCUGGGCGAGACUUUCCUCCUCAUGGAACAGCUGGCUCUCUACGCCGUCCGCAGGCUCUUCGACAAGGAGGCCUUCGAGGGUGACCCCCUCCUCUGCAACCCUCUGCAAAUCACCAAGAGGGGGCUGGAGAACCGGGCGCACAGCGAGCAGUUCAACGCCUUCUUCAGGCUGCCCAGCGAGGAGACGCUGCGGGAGGUCCACGAGUGUUUCCUGUGGGUGCCCUUCAGCCACUACAACACCCUGGGGAAGCUGUGCCUCUCGGAGAACUUCCUCUGCUUCGCCAGUCAAGACGGCUGCCUCUGCAGCCUCAUCGUCCCCAUCAGAGAGGUCACUUCGGUUGAGGUGGCUGACCACGCCAGCAGGGCCAUCACCGUUGCCACCAAAGGAUCCCGGGCUUUCCGCUUCUCGGAAGUGAGAGAUUUUGAAGCCCUGGUGGUGAAACUGAGGACGAGAUGCACUGCAGCACUCAGCCCCCAUCGCAGCACCAGUGCAGGGGCCGGGGCCAGCCCAGAGACCCCCACCGCCUGGGAGGACUACGAGGGGCAGACGAUGGCCAGCCACAAGGGCAGCAGCGCCACGGUGAGCACGGAGGCCCUGAUGACCGUCUUUCACCCUCAGGAUGCGGAGAACCUGGAUCCCAAGAUGUUAAAAGAGAAAAUGAAAGAGCAAUCCUGGAACAUCCUUUUCAUAGAGUGCGGACGAGGCGUCAGUAUGUUUCGGACAAAGAAAACGCGGGACCUGGUGGUCAGAGGAAUUCCCGAAGUCUUAAGGGGAGAACUUUGGCUUCUGUUCUCAGGUGCUGUCAAUGACAUGGCAAGCCAUCCUGGCUAUUACUCGGAGCUCGUGGAAAUAUCCUUUGGGACGUUCACCCUGGAGACGGACGAAAUCGAGCGGGAUCUGCGCCGCUCACUGCCCGAGCACCCCGCCUUCCAGAGCGACACGGGCAUUUCAGCCCUCCGGAGGGUCCUCACGGCCUACGCCCACCGGAACCCCAAGAUCGGCUAUUGUCAGGCCAUGAAUAUAUUGACGUCGGUGCUGCUCCUUUAUGCCAAAGAAGAGGAAGCAUUUUGGCUCCUGGUGGCCAUCUGCGAACGGAUGCUGCCCGAUUAUUUCAACCGCCGAAUUAUUGGCGCCUUGGUCGACCAGGCCGUGUUUGAGGACCUGAUCCGCGAGUACUUACCUCAGCUGACGGAGCACAUGACCGACAUGACUUUCUUCUCCUCCGUCUCGCUCUCCUGGUUCCUCACCCUCUUCGUCAGCGUGCUGCCCAUCGAGAGUGCCGUCAACGCAGUCGAUUGCUUUUUCUACGACGGGAUCAAGGCCACCUUGCAGCUGGGCCUGGCCGUGCUGGACUACAACCUGGAGAAGCUGGUGGCCUGCAAGGACGACGCGGAAGCCGUCACUGUGCUCAGCAGAUUUUUUGAGAGCGUGACCAACAAGGACAGUCCGCUGCCUCCAGCCGUCCAGCAGGCCUCUGGGAUGAACGAGGGCAAAACUCCUCACCCCAGAGUGGACAUCACGGACCUCAUUCGAGAGUCCAACGAGAAAUAUGGUGAAAUCCGAUUUGAGGAAGUAGAAAGCAUGCGACGUCGCAACAGACUGUAUGUCAUCCAAACCUUGGAAAUCACAACUAAGCAGAAUGUGCUCCGGGUCGUCUCCCAAGAUGUGAGCCUCAACCCUAGAAACCUGGAAGAGCUGUAUGAAUUAUUCAAGAAAGAACAUUUUCUCUCCUGUUACUGGAAACCGAAUAGUCCCGCUCUAAAGCACCACGAUGCCAGCCUGCCCUACCUGGACCAAUAUCGGAUCGACUGCCAGCAGUUCCGAACCUUGUACCACCUCUUGAGUCCCUGGGCACACUGUGCCAACCGAGAUUCCUUGGCCCUGUGGACCUUCCGGCUGCUGGACGAGAACGUGGACGGCCUGAUCAACUUCAAAGAAUUCUCAUCUGUUUGGGAUGUCCUGUAUCAUGGGAGCUUCACCCAUAAGCUGACAAUGCUUUUCAAAUUGCACAUUCCUCCAGCUUUUACCGAAGUGGAAUCUCUCAGCCCUUUGAAAGGGACUCAACUCUCUAAAGAAGAACUGAUCCAUUUCAGUCAACUAAGCGUCUCCUCUCCCGAAGACAAAGACAACGCGGAUGGCUUGAAGACAAGUCCUGAGAAAGGGAAAGGGAAAGUGGACGUCCAGGCUUACCUGAAGCAGUGGCAAGACGAGAUCCUUAAAAAGGAAGAAAGCAUUAAGGAUCUGCCCCGGAUGAACCAGUCCCAGUUCAUCCACUUCUCCAAGACCUUGUACAACCUCUUCCACGGGGAUCCCGAAGAAGAGCUGCUCUUCCGGGCGAUCGCUACCGUUACGGGCCUCUUGCUGAGGAUGGAAGAGGUGGGCCGGAAGCUCCAGAGCCCCACUUCCCCCACCCGGAGAGGGACAUCCCCCACGGGGGGUCCUGCACUGGCCUCCUCCCAGAGGGACGACCCAGGAGCCCCGGUCUCCGUCCCCGUCAGUGAGGGCUGGUCGUUCGCCUUUGAGCAGAUCCUGGCCUCCUUGCUGAACGAACCGGCCUUGGUGAGGUUUUUCGAGAAACCGGUCGAUGCCGGAGCCAAGUUAGAAAGCGCGAAAGCCUCUCAGUUGAAAGCAAGGCCUGCCCUGUGAUCCCCCCCCCCCCGAGUCCCUUCUCUCUGUCUAAAACAACCCCAGCAGGCAAGGAGGCCGCGUCGAGCCUGAAGUUCACACUGAGGAUUUAGUCCGAGUCCCAUAAUGGCCGGGCAGCGUACAUGGCUUCAUGUCUAAAUUUUUGUUGUGGGGGGGGGUCAUGUCGUUUGAAGCACAACCGCACCUAAUCUUUGCAUUUUAACACACCAGAUUUUUUUUGAUAAGGUGCAGCCACCAACACAGGGCAACUUGGAAGGGGGGAGGGGGGACCCCUAAAUUGCCUCCUUGACGGUACAAGAUUUCCAAGUCCUCCCUUUACGGGCCCCAGUUUUGCUGCAUCCUCUUAACGGCGCCAAUUUUUUGCAAAGAGUUUCGUAAACUUGGAACAAGGCAGUGGUGGGUUCCUAACAGUUCGGACCAGGUUAACCAAACCGGUAAGUGGUAUGGCGGUCUGAGUCGCUGGAACCGGCAGCGGCCCAGGACUGCCACGCCCCUGAACCGGUUCCCCGGUCUCUUCUGCCAUCACUGCCAGGUUUCUGCACAUGAGCAGAAGAGUUUUCAGCCAACUGCGCAACACAGCAAUGCAUGGCGGGCGCAAACGAAGCGAACCAGUAGUAAACCGGCUAGGAACCCUCCACUGGAACGCAGGUCUGCUUAACGCACGGAGGGCAGCGGAUCUCUGACCAGUUUAGCAUCCUGGUUUAGGGAAGCUGUUGCUGUCAACGGGGAAGGGCCCACUAUUUUUUAAAAAAUAUCUAUUUCUUCAAACCCUGGUUCUCCAAAGGCCGUGCUUCCCUCCCCCUGACGCCUUCUCGGCUGACAGUGUUAGAUGUUUGCAGCUGUGCAAAAACUCAGGCAGGCCCAGGACAACUCGCCACAGCCAAGAGUUACAUGAAUGUCCAAGAAAUGGUGGAACCCAAUCCUUAAAGGAUGCAAAAGGAGGGACGGAACGGCCAAAAAGUUUAAAUAUAUUUUUUUUUUAAAUUUAUUUUGAAUAAUUAAAUUGAUUUGUUUAAAUUGUCCUGCGGAGAGUUGGCCGCGACGAAUUAGCCUCAGGAAGUGGGCUGGGGCAAAUUGUCCCAUUCUUCUUCUGGAUAGUUCUUCUACUCAACAUCCCAAAACCAGGGUGAUUUUUUUGGCCCAAUUUUUACAAGCAGGAGAAGUUGCGUCACUGUGCAAUCUUCCUCAGAAGUGUGAGUUGAGUAGAGGAUUUUCCCCUUUGAAAAACUAUCUCACCAAGUCAACAAUUCCAAAAUUUCAGCUGCUUUAAUUCUAUAUCCACAACACUGAAAUGACUUGGAGUGGGGGGGGGGGGAAUAGCUAUUUGACCCUGCAGAAAUUCCUUUAUUUAUUUAUUUUUCUGCUUUUUGGGUGGAAAACCAUUUUUUCCACGGGGUCCAAAAUCACCAUUUACCAUUUAGUUUUUUUUAAAAAAAAGGGGGGGGGGUACUAGUAAGAAAGUUGGGUGCUAUCCCCAGCAAAACCCUUGCCUUGGUAUUGCCCAGAGAAGUUCUCUGCAAAGGUUUGGGGUUAAUGCUUAAGCCAGGAUCUAGUACUUAAAUCCUAGAGACCGAGUUAUGGGUCAGGACGAAGGGACUUGAAGCUGUAGGCUGCAGAAUCAAAGAAUGAAAUCCUUCCAGCCUCAGGUUAAAAAAUAACACACGGAUUACGAGCCUGUAGCUAACUCAUCGCUAUUGGAAAAAUAGAACGGUGAAGCUGUAUUCAGUCGGAGGAAAAGUCAAUUAGAAUUUAUCCUACAAAGACUUUCCAAGAAUCUAAUCCUCAAAGACUUUUUCAAGUCCUUCAAGGAUGAGAAUUUUUUUUUAAAACAACAACAACAAAAACCUCGAAUGCCUUUAAAACUCUCUUCAAUUUACCUUAAUCCAAGCAGCCCUUUAGUAAAUGACACUCAUCUUUGCAAUCUUUAAAUUGAAAAGUGCUGCUAUUUUUUAAAUUCCACCACAGUUGGGAAUGGUGGCAGGAGGCCUUUUGCCAACCGCAGACGGGUGUAUAUUUUUAUUUUUCAAAAUCCAGUUGUUUUCUAAUAUGCCAAAAAAAAGGAGGGGGGCGACCAUGAGCCCAGUUUUCUCGCAAUUUAAUCUGCUCCUAAUUCUAACAUAAUUGAGAAAUGGGUACCAGGGAUAUAAAAUCCCCAGUUUUAGAGAAAGCUUCUAGACCUGGCUGUGCAGUACACGAAUUCUUCAGUUUGAAAGUAUUUUUAUAACACCUGGAGUUGGUACCACCGGCAGAAAUUCAGAAAAGUUUGAUUUAUGCCAACUUCCUUUUUUUUCUUUUUGCUUUCUUUGCUACUCAUGGCUGCUAAAUGAUCAAUAAAACUGAAAGAUAAAAUGUU